AUGGCCCCGUCUUGCCCCACUUUACGGCCCCGUUUAGGCCCCUCUGCGGCCUCGUCGCCACCUGCGGCCCCGCCGACACCUGCGGCCCCGCCGCCACCUACGCCCCCCUCGCUACCUGCGGCCCCGCCGCCACCUGCGGCCUCGUUGCCACCUGCGGCCCCGCCGCCCAGCGCUCGCACCGCCGAGCAGCCGAACCGCCGGCUAGCUGAGCCGCCUGACCGCCAAGCCGCCCUAGCAGCCGAGCCGCCCGACCGCCGAGCCGCCCAGCAGCCGAGUCGCCUAGCAGUCGAGCCGCCCAGCAGCCGAGCCGCCCGACCGCCGAGCCGCCCAGCACCGAGCAACCGAGCCGCCCGACCUCCGAGCUGCCGAGCAGCCGAGCCGCCCGACCGCCGAGCCGCCGAGCCGCCCGACCGCCCCACUUGCCUGGGCAGGGCAGUGGACUUUGAGGUCUGGGUAGAUGAUCUGCAGCUUUUCCUGCAGUGCGAUAGGGCAGACGGCCUCUCCCUGUUUGACCUCACUUCUGGUGCCUCCCUUGCCGCUGCUGCUGAUGCUGACGCCAAUAUUCGCUCACAGUGGGCCACGCGCGAUGCUGCUGCUCGCCUUGCUGUGCACCGCCACUUACCGACCACUGAGCGUGCACACUUUAGCCAGUUCAAGAGUGCCCAUACCUUGUACGACGCUGUAGUUGCACGCUACUCUUCCCCUGCCACUGCUGCACUGAGCCGCCUCAUGCUACCGUACCUCUUCCCUGACCUUGCUGCCUUUCCCACAGUCGCUGACCUCAUUACGCACCUCCGCACUAGUGACACUCACUACCGCGUUGCGCUUCCUGCUGAGUUCUGCGCCAAGACCCCCCCCCCCCCCCCCCCAUGUACCAUCACCCUCUACUACAUAGUCACCCGGCUCCCUGACUCUCUCCGCGUAGUCAGGGACCACUUCCUCUCAGUUUGCCCCACCACUCUCACCGUUGACCUCCUCGAGAAGGCCCUCCUAGCGAUAGUGAAGAGCAUAGUCGCUGCAGGAGCCUCUCGUGGUGACCCUCGCACCCUCGUCUUUGAGGGGUGUUCUCCCUCCCCCCUCUUGCCCUCUGUUGCCUCUGCUGCUGCGGCCGACCUCGUUGGUUUCGAGUCGGUUGGCGCUGCGUCUGCCCCGAGCGGGAGACGCCGCACCGGUAAGGGCAAGGGGGGCAAGGGCGCUGGAGGGGCUGGAGGGGGCGGUGGAUGUGGUAGUGGAGGCAGUGAAGGGAGUGGGGGUGGUGGUGGGAGUGGUGCCGGGGGUGGCGGCGGCGGCGGCAGCAGUGAAGCGGCGGAGGCGGUGGAGGUGGCGGAGGGAGCGGAGGCGGCGGAGGUAGUGGAGGAGGCAGAGGUGGAGGAGGCGGCGGAGGCGGCGGCGGCGGCGGAGGCGGCGGUGGUGGAGCGAGUCGCGACUCUGCGCCGAGGAGUGGCGCCGGUGGUGGUCAGCACCAGCAGCAGCAGCGGAGUGGUGUGA